AUGGCUUUCAACCUGGUGCAAUCGCACGCCGGAGCCGAGCUAGGACCAGAGCUAUCCGAUGUCUUCACAGAUGAAGUUGGAUUUAAAGGUCUCUCCGGCGAUGCGAAUAUUCGUUUACUACCUACUCCUUGGCCCGAAGAUUCCCUUCCUUCCCCGACCUCUUCUCUCCUAGCUGUCGCCCAGAGCAAAGGAGUGGUUGUUGGUGCCGGCCCAGACGCGCUUGUGAUCGCAAGCACCGAGUCUAUCAGAAAGGCUAUCGAGGCACCAUCAGGAGAGGAUAAAGUAAAAACAAAACCGUUCCAGCCGCAGGCUGUUAUCCCUCUCCCCGCGCGACCUACACAUGUGGCAUUUACUGCAAACGACGAUGCUUUGAUCCUAGCCACGGAAAAUGGCUCCCACAUAUCUGUUUUUAAGACUACCGACAUUACCCAAGGGAAUUCGCAGCCGUCCAUUUCCAUCCCUACCAACGGCGCAUCGAUUCGGGCACUUGCGCCCAACCCAGACCCAAACUCUACUUUCGUUGCCCUUGUCACUGCCAAUGGUGAGCUUCUGGUUGUCGACUUGAAGGCUGGAAAUAUGGUUUCAGGUGCCAAUGGUCCAAUCCUCAGGAAUGGAGUUAGCAGCGUGGCGUGGAGCAACAAGGGAAAACAGCUGGUGGCUGGAUUGGUAGAUGGAACAGCAGACCAGAUGACCCCAGAUGGGACAAAGAAGGACGUUGUUCCUCGUCCAUCUGAUCUGGAGGGUGAUUGCCAUGUUUCCUCUGUCUGUUGGCUUGAGAACGAUGUGUUUUUCAUGGUCUACACCCCGAAUGCCACUGACGAUGGCACUGGACAAAACCCGCCUUCUUCUUACUACAUCAUCACGAGACGAAAGCAGGCUCCUUUUCUCAUUCAGAAACUGCCCGAAAUUUGCUCCACCAUGGGCUUUGCGAUGAACCGCUCGCCGGCAUAUAACUUCACCGUACGACUGCGAGACUAUAAGCCUGCUUUGAAGGACGUCUUGAUUGUCUCAUCCACUGCCUCAACUGACGUUGGUCUUAUCACCCGAUCUGAUAAGCCACUUGCCAGUGACGAUGCUUCCAAAGCCCUUGUUAAUCAAUUCACGACCACAGAAGUUAAUGAUGAUGCUAAGAGAGCAUCCGUUCCAUUGAAAGAUUCCGUUGAUGAAACCUCCGUGAUCGGUCUGGCUGCGGACCUUUCUUGCAGUGAAACUGUCAUUGCACCCAUUGCAGGUGAGGACAUAUCAGAGAGCUCAACUCCUCUGCCUGGCCUUUUUCUACUAAACAAUGACGGUAUCCUCUCACACUGGUGGUUCCUUUACUCUGAUGCCAUUCGUCAGAAAGUUCCAUAUUCUGGUCUGGUCUCAGCUCCCCAGGCAUCAAUGACAACCUCCCAAAUUCAACCUCCAACUCCCGCCCCAGCGCCCCAGCAACCUGCUUUUGGACAAUCUUCCUUUGGCACCCCAUCUGCUAUGGGCUCAUCUGCCUUCGGUAAGCCAUCUGGUAGUGCCUCUUUUGGAAGCCCAUCUGCCAUGGGGUCGUCUACCAUGGGAGCAACAGCAUUUGGGAAGCCAUCGUUUGGUAGCCCUUCUCAAGUGAAUGGAGGCUCAACUCCAGCUUUUGGCAAACCUUCCUUCGGAACUCCUUCUCAGCCCGGUGUUGGGUUUGGCUCAACAAGUACACUGGGUCAAGCACAGUUUGGCAAGUCUGGAUUCGGUGCUGCAGGUGUCACAGCGUCUCCUUUCGGACAGCCCAGUACUCCUGGAAAGUCACUCCUCGGGACCGGAUCUGGCUCUACAGGGAGCGGUUUCGGUGCUUUCUCUGGUGGGGGAGGUGGAGGUGGGUUUGGUAGCCUUGCAGCAUCCAAGCCCGCUGAAUCGCCUUUUGGUAAGCCUGCGGGACAAAGCGCUUUUGCCGCAGCGCCAGCUUCUUCGCCGUUUGGAGCUAAGCCACAAACGGACACAGCAUUCCCUCCUCCGUCUAAUGAGGUGAAGAAUCCCUUUGGCGGCGGCACCUCUGGCUUCACACUUGGUUCUUCCUUCAAACCCGAUGGCACAGCUGCUAGCGAUCUCCCGAAGUCUGACAAUAAGUCUUCGGGGGCCUUCUCUUUUGGUGGAUCUUUCGAUGAUAUGGUCUCAUCUGGCAAGACAAGCCCCCAACCUGAGUCCAUGGAUGAUGUGGAGGAUUCUACCGCUGAUUCCGCAGCACCGCCAGUGAAGACUGAACCAACUUCUAUGUUCGGUAAGCCGACUACUCAAGCUACAUCUAUGUUUGGGAAUUCGACUGCCACUUCAUCGCCGUUCGAACAGCCGAAGCCUGCUACAGAAUCGGCAUUUGGAAAACCAACACCUAUUCCAACAUCGGCAUUCGGAAAGCCAUCGCCUGCUACCACCUCGGAAUUUGGAAAGCCAUCGUCUGCCACUACGAAUCCAUUUGGAAAACCUGCUACUACAACAUCAGCAUUCGGAAAGCCGAUAACCACCACAUCCAUGUUUGGGAAGCCUGCGUCCGAGGCCGAACCGAAGGACCCUAGCUCCAUCGAGAGGACAAAGUCAAGUAUUUCCAUGUUUGGAAACAAUACGGCUACUCAAAACACCAACCAGUCCCCAGCUCAAGAUCAAAUUACAAGCCCUCUUUCGGCGCCUUCAGACAAGACUGCGACACCGAAGAGAGAGCAGUCUGCUUCAACACCUACUUUCUCCUCCUUCGAUACACCAUUGCCCCCCGAUGCUACUAGCAGGGAUAGCUACGCACCUGGCGAUACAUCAGCAUCUUCUAAUGUGUCUAAAAGCUCUCUUGAGGAUGCUCCGCUCCCACCUGACUUUACUGGUCCAAAGAAAUCUGCCCCGAAAGAUGAAGAUGCACCACUUCCACCAGAUUUGCUUGCUCAAAAGAAAUCCUCCCGCAAAGUGGAUGACAAGAAUGACGCACCACUUCCGCCAGACUUCCUGUCCCAGAAUAAAUCCCUCAUCAAGGCUGAAGACGCUCCACUGCCUCCGAGUUUCCUGAGCAAGCCUAAAAAGGCCGAGGAAGCCCCACUUUCACUAGAUACCUUGUCGCAGAAUAAGUCCCUCAUCAAGGCUGAGGACGCUCCACUUCCUCCGAAUUUCUUGGGUAAGCCUAAAAAGGCCGAGGAUAAGCCAUCUGUUCCCGAAGACGCGCCCUUACCCCCAGAUUUCGUGACAUCAAAGUCUAAAUCUACUCUUUCGGAAGAGGCUGUGGCUGUUCCUGAUGAGUCGGACGCUGAUUCAGAGGAAGACGCCGAGGAGGAUGCAGAUGAAUCCGAAUUUUCUGACAGUGGCGAGGAGAUUACGCAUGACGAGACGGAAAUACCAAGCCCCAAGCCCUCAGCACAGAGUUCUUUUGCAGGGUUUUCUGACAAGAGCUCCUCUGGAGGCCUCUUUGGAGGAUUCUCGAAACCAAAGCAAGGACAAGCCCCAAGCACGUUGUUUGGUGAGAUUUCCAAGCAACCUCACCUUCCGCCUCCUGGGCGUGCAGCUCAAAGUUCCCGUGAGCCUUUCAGGUCACCAAGCCCUACCCGUACCAAGAUGCCACAGAAGAGUACUCUCUUCAAAAACCGAAAUGAGAAACCAGCUGGAAGCGCCUUACAUGCCCGCAAAGCUUCUCUGACCCAAUUCGCCCAACAACGUGGUGAUCAGCUGAGGAAGGCAAGUAUUACUGCUCAAGAAGAACAGCUUCGCGCUCAACAAGCCGUGCAGCAACGCCAGGAAGAGGAAGAAGCUUUGUCUCUUUCUGAAGAUGAUGAGGAUGAGAGACUGCGUGCAGACCUUUCUCGACCAAUCGAGCCCGCGUCUACACUUGACCCAUUCCUACCUCACCAGAACUACAUGGGUGAGACGGCCAAGCCAGGCAUUCCAGGCAUGAUCGAACGACUGUACCGCGACAUCAAUUCCAUGGUUGAUACACUAGGUAUCAACUCUCGUUCAAUGGAAUCGUAUCUCCUGUAUCAGCAAAGUUCUCAGACCUCCGGCGUUGAGAAGUUAGUAAAUGUUCUGCAAAGUGAGCAACCUGCCGAUGUCCUCGACGAAAAGCUGUUGUUGCAAGACAUCAGCAAGCUUGAUGAGGUCGUUGCCGCUCUUGUUUGUUCUCUCAGUGAGCAGCGAGUGCAAGGAGUGGAGGAGAAGCUCGACCAAUGUCGCGAGCUGCUGACCAAGGACAUUGUGACUCUUCGUGGCCAAUGCGCUAGCAUUCGCAAGACGCUAGAUGCACACACAGACACCGGAGCCAUCCUCGCUGCGCCUCUUUCUGCCGAACAUGCGACUCUGCAGCACGAUCUUCGAACAUCCUUUACGGAUAUUCAGAGCAAGAUGGCGGAUUUGGAGCAGGGCGUCUCCUUGUUGAGAGCAAAGAUUGCUGAUGUUCCUCGCGCUGAUAGCGAUUCGCGGCAGUCGAAGCGACCAACAGUAGAAGCUGUCACGAAGACCAUUGCCACUAUGAUGAGCAUGGCCGAGAACAAGAGUAGUGACAUCGAUGUUCUGGAGGCUCAGAUGCGGAAGCUCGGUAUCGACAUGACGAGCACUGUCCCCAGCAGCCGUGAGGGAUCCCCCUACACUACUCCCCGCAAGAACGUCGGUCGUUUCCCUACCACGCCUGGCUCGCGUGGCUCGAUCGACAACAGUGCCUACCACACCCCUGAGUCUGCUUCUCGCGGCGUCAGCUUCCGGGCCAGUAUCAAUGGCUCUGCGAAACAUAGCCGCCUUCGCAGUGUUGAAAGCUUUGCGCCUGUAGUUGCCCAAGAAGAAAGUGCCCGCUGGAAGGCGAAGACGCAACGACGUCAACAUCUCGUUGGCAAUCUGAAAGCGGCCAUUGAAAAGAAAGAGAUCAAGGUUCGAGGUGUGGAUGAAUUUUAG